CUAAUUUCUUUAUCGUUGUAAAUCAUUCAAGCUUUUUUUAUGGCCUUAGUCCCAUUGUAUCUCAUCAUUUUUCUAACUAGUUUGCUACAUUUUGUAGCAGCACAACAGACUAAUGGUUCUGUAUCUGUUAGUGCAUCACUCACAGCUACACCCGAUGCCAAACCAUGGCUUUCGUCUUCUGGUGAAUUUGCCUUUGGGUUCAAACAAAUUCAAGGCAAAGAUAACUUCUUGUUAUCAAUAUGGUAUGACAAGAUACCUGAGAAAACUAUCAUCUGGUAUCCAGAAGGUGGUCCAACGGUGUCCACAGGAUCCAAAGUUGACCUGGUUGACAAGCGUGGGCUCGUACUCAGUGAUCCUCGAGGCAAAGAGGUUAUGGUUAGAGGAGGAGUGAUCAACUCCAAGAUGGACAAAACAAACUUCGCUGGUGGAAGAUUCCAGUUACGUAUGCUUCAAGAUGGGAAUCUUGUUCUUAAUACUCUUGAUAUGUUUUCUGGUUCUGCUGGUGAAGCAUACUAUAUUAGUAGAACGCUAGACGGAUCCAAUUCAACGAAUUCGGGUUUCCAACUGGUUUUUGAUGAGACAGGAUACAUGUAUAUAUUGAGAAGAAAUGGUGAAAGGUUUGAUCUUACUGUAAGAGGCUCACUUCCUUCUGGAGAUUACUAUCACAGAGCUACCCUUGAUUCCGAUGGGGUUUUUACUCAAUACUACCACCCCAAGAAUGAGGGUACGAGCUGGAGAGUUAUAUGGUUUGUCCCAGAAAACAUAUGUACAACUAAAGAUAGCAAAGCAUGUGGGCUAAACAAUGUUUGCAGCUUUGAUGACAAUCGGCCAAACUGUGAAUGCCCACUGGGGUUCUCUUUACUUGAUCCCAAUACUCCGUAUGGUGACUGCAAACCUGAUUUCACUCCGAGCUGUGACGAAGGUGAGUCAAAUCAUGGGGGAGAUGUGCUUGAUUUCAUCGAGCUAAAUAAUAUUGAUUGGCCAUUUUCCGACUAUGUGCACAUGAACCCGAGUAACGAGCAAACCUGUAGAACUUCUUGCUUGAACGAUUGUUUCUGUGCAGUUGCAGUUUACAGGGACAACCAGUGUUGGAAGAAGCAGCUUCCACUUAACAAUGGAUUUAAAGAUACUUCAAAUAAUGUGAAGGCCUUCCUGAAAUUUAGGAAAACUGAUGGUCCUUCUAGAACAGGAGAAAACAAAAGCGGAACGGGAGAAAAUACAAAUCGAAGAACUUGGAUAUUAGGGGGAUCAGUCCUCUUAAGUACGUCUGUGUUAGGAAUUGUUCUAUUGAUUAGUGUGAUAUAUGUGUGUUUCUUUCAAAUCCACUGUUGGUUAUCAGCCCAAGAUCAAACACACAAAGUUUAAUGCUAUAUUUCUUGCUUAAAUGAAAAAUGAGAGUACACCAAUAA